AUGGGGAGGGGCUGGAGAGUCUUAGAAGUCCCCCUAGUUCCUCUGCCAAACACAGCCUAGCGGGGUCCCAGAAGGCGCCUGGGUGGCAGCUCCGUAGCUGCCGCCGAGCAGGAGCCGGGGGCCCGCACGCAGCUGGCCCCCUAGGGCACCAUGGACUGGCUAGCUCAGCGCUGCCCGCCGCUUGCUGCCCAGAGCUGCCUUCGCCCCGGCUGCCUCUCCUGGCUCCUGGUGACAAUGGCCUUCCUCCUGUCAUACCCUAUGCUGAGGACCAUCAGCCUUCAACUUCACUCAGCAGUUACUGGCAGCUACCUUUCUGGGACUCACUCGGUUGCCUUUGUCAACUGCCCCAAUGAACAGAUCGCCAGAGACAUAGCAAGGACCAUCCUAGAUAAGAAGCUGGCUGCCUGCGUGAACAUCCUACCGAGGGCCUCCUCUCUGUACUUUUGGAAGGGAGAGAUUGAAGAAGCCACUGAAAUACUUUUGUUAGUGAAAACGAAGACGUCAAAAAUACAUGAACUCUCUAACUACAUCAGAUCAGUUCAUCCUUUUGAAAUUCCUGAGCUCUUCAGCCUACCCAUCGACCAAGGAAACCCUCUUUAUUUAAAGUGGAUUGAGGAAGGGGUCGCUGAGGACUGAGCAGAGGCUCACUCUGCUUUCUGGUGUGACAGUUCUCACAUUGUUAUCUUUCCCAUUGGGGAGAAGUCUGCAGAGAGCUUAGCAGGGGGUGGAGAGACAUAGUUGCUCUUCCUUGGAUUGUAUAGAAGAUAAUUAACAUGGAUUCCGAUGCUUAUGUCAGCUCUUUGCCCAUUCCGGGUAAUGAGCAAAACAGGUGAAAGCAUGUUGAAUGGGAGGGGAGAUAACUAUGUACUUGGAAGACCUACUUUUCCCUCAUAAUGAGAGUUUAAUUCCUUAAGAGGCUGGUUGUGUGAAGGUUCCACCUUGCUUCUCUUCCCCAUCACCCACUACUAUAUACACUUCAAGAUGUACCAGCAGCUCGUGGAUUGUCCCCUUUUCACAGAAUGGAGCCCUUACUAAAAAAAAUGGAAACUAGGUUAAAUUAGGUCUGCUUUUCACUUAUUUUUAUUGCCUCUGUUAGGAAGAAACCUGGCAAACAAAUUCACUCUUAGGUUCUAAGAGCUAGAUGUGUUUCUCUUCAAAGGGAAUUUUUUUUCCUUUUAAAAUAUUUUAUUCUUUUCCCAAUUACACAUAAAACCAAUUUCAACCCUCAUUUUAAAAAAAUUUGAGUUUUUUAAUUCUCUCUUGCAUUCCCUCUUUCUCCCACAUUGAGAAGUCAGGCAAUUUGAUAUUGUUAUACAUAUAUAUCACGCAAACCAUAUUUCCAAAUUAGUCGUGUUAUGAAAGAGAACACAGACCAAAAAAAAAAACCCAAGAAAAAUAAAGUUUUUUUAAAAGUAUACUUUGACCUGCAUUCAGA